GAACUUAAAUCAACGGAGGGUACACAUCAUUAAAAUUUAUUAGUGCGGUCCAUUACCUUCUAAAUCAAAUGGCUGGGCUGUCUAUCCACAAGUUUUGCGCAGCGUUUUUGCUGGUGAUCGGUAUUGUCUGCACCAACGCCGAUGGCACUGAGAAGCCGGAAAUAGACAUGGAAAUAUGGGUUUCACGCAAUCAAUUAUUGGACUCCAUGACUGAAGAUUGGGAGAAUUUAACCGAAUAUGCUUUGGCAUGGAGUAAGGAAGUUUGUCAGAAGGUACUAGACGAAGACAUAUUGCAGAACGAAACAAGCGUAGAUCCAGAGACUCGCGAAAAUUCUCUGAAUAAUUGUGUUGGUAGCACCGUGGAUCGUUUCGAUCCCACUGAAAGUCAUCGUGGCGAUCACCCAGAUGAAGUUCCAUUGCGCAAAUAUGGAUUUGAGGAAUUUCGAAAAGUUAUGGAUCAAAAAUAUGAACAUUUCUUCGAAGAGAUGGUCCAGCGUAUGGAUGACUAUGUAAAGGGUUUGACGCCAGAGCAGCAAGACAAAGAGACGGCGCGAAAUCUGAAGGGGUGGUCGGGUAAAAUUAAGAAUGCCCCGACUUUGGCAAUGAAAGAAAUGGCUUUUAGGAAAUGUAUGCGAUUUUAUUAUUUUGAGAGGGGUGUUUAAUGUAUAUGUUUUCAGUUAAGGUUAUUCAAAAAUUAAACAUUUUAA